AUGGCAGUGGAAUACAGCAAAAAGACCAACGCCGAGUUGGUUGAAAUUCUCAAGUCGCGCGGCCUCAGUCACACGGGAAAGAAGGCAGAUAUGGUUGCGCGGCUCCAGGAAGCAGAUAAAGCUGCUGCUGCUGCUGCUCCCGCGCCGGCUCCAGCUCCACCUGCGGCUGAAGACGUUAUCGAUUGGGACGACGAUACCGAGACCGCUCCUGCAGCUACCAAGCCAGCCCCAGCGGCUCCAGCAGCGGCUCCAGAGCAAAAGACCGUCACCGAGCCUGCUACUGCGCAAAAGGCGAAAGCUGCGAAGCCAGAAGAGAAGACCGAAGCUGCCACUGCAACAACGACUUCAGCUGGCGCUGCCGGAACCUGUGCGGCGGAAGCAAAGCCUGUAGAUGAACAACAUGCGACAAACGGCACUGAUAAGAAAGCCGCUACCGAAGAGAAGAAGGGCACAGAGAAACCUGCCGUUGACUACAGCAGAGGCCUUGCAACCACGGACCCCGAUGCUGAACUUGCGAAGCGGAAAGCCCGUGCUGCGAAGUUUGGAGCUGUCGAAGAAUCCGUUGCGACGGAGGCUGAAAAGGCACUUGCGAGAGCCAAGAGAUUCGGCCCCGUGAGUGAUGAGCCAGCCAAAAUAAAAGGGUUGGACGAAGCUUUGCCCACCCGGAAGCGAGGACGGGGUGAUGAUGGAGACAGCGGCCGGGGAAAGCGUAGACACUUCCACGGACGGGGAAGGGGGAGAGGCCCACGCAGAGGCGGCCGCAACGAAGCUGGCAACAGCAACAACAACAGCAGCAAAGAGAAGUUUAGUGAGGCAGACCGUGUUGCGAUGGAGAAGAGAAAGGAGCGUUUUGCUGCCAAAUAA